AUGGAGAGGAAAGACGGACUGCAUGCACGUUACGGCACGCAAAAACCAAUACACGCAGAUCUAACUUGCAGCGGAGAGCUGCAUAAUAACUGCUUUCAACAUGCUCUUUUGAAUACACUGUGGUUCUUGCAGAUGUACAGUGACGUAUCUUCUGUGCUGCUUGACAUAGCUGAGAGAGAGAGAGGGAGGAAACAGGGAGAAAGGUGUGGAAGAGACCAAACUCGUGAAGCAGGCCCGUGCUGUCGUGGUACAUGGAUGCAGUCUUCAGAUGACAAUAGUGAUGAGUCGUAG